AUGACCGUUGUGACGGGCACCACGCUCUGUCCACCGCAAUGCUUGUGCUACGACUCGGCGGAGCUGGUGGACUGCCGCGCCCGCGGCUUUACGCACGUCCCACACGGCAUUCCGCACGGCUCGUGGCUGCUGGAUCUGAGCGGGAACGAAAUUCAGGAGUUACGGAGCCGCUCUUUCACCGGCGUGUGGGCGCUGAAAGUGCUCCUGAUGUCAAACUGCGGGAUCAGAGUGGUACAGUCGAAUCUGGAUCUGAGUCACAACCAGCUGCAGGUUCUACCCUCUGACUUCUCCGAGGGCUUAGACUCUCUGAAAGACCUCCGGCUGGCCCACAAUUCCUUGGGGCACCUGGAAUCUUCUGCCUUCCAGGGUUUGGAGAGCCUGCAGAGACUUGACCUCAGCCACAACUACAUCCAGGUGCUAGAGCCGGGUAUGCUGCGUGCCCUGACGAGCCUGCGGCACCUGAACCUGCGCUGGAACCUGCUGCGUGAGGUGGCCGCGGGCACGCUGACCAUGCAGCAGGGCCUCUCCGUCCUCCUGCUGGACCGGAACAACGUCACGCGCCUGGACGCCGAGUCCUUCGCGCCGCUGCGCGGCCUCACCCUGCUCAGUCUCCGCGGCAACCGGCUGCGCAGCCUGGACUUCAAGACCUUCCUGAACCUGCAGACGGCCGGCACGCACCUGCGGCUGUCGGCCAACCCGUGGACGUGCGACUGCGAGCUGCACCGCGUCUUCGCCAAGCUGCUGCACGUGCGCCACCUGCACGUGGACGACUACGCCAACGUCACCUGCCGGGCGCCGCCGCAGCUGGCGGGCGCCUCGCUGGCCUACAUGGACAGCCAGCUGUGCGUGGCCGAGACCGCCACCGUGCUGGUCAUCAGCGGCACCGUCGUCGUCACCGUGGUGGCCGCCAUGGUGAUGGCCGAGCGCAACAGGAAGAGGAAGAAGAACCGGCCGAGCCGGGAGAGCAAGUGGGGCGACCAGGAGAGCGUGGGGGAGCAGGACAGGUGA